AUGUCUGACCAGAGUGACAGCCAGAACAGAUCUGAACAGCAAGAGCAGUUGAGUGAGGGCACUAGUCCCUCCAGCAGCUAUGAUGAGGGCGGCAGGAGCACACCUAGUAACUUGCCCAAGGCAGAUACUAGAGCAAGAAAGAAGAGAACUUCAGAUUCAGAGGAUGAAUAUUAUGUUGCAGCUGAGGAUGAGGCCACUUCAAAGAAGAAGGUGGUGAAGAAGGAGUUUGGCACUGCUGCAUCCACAAAGCCAGGCAUGAACAGAAAGGCACCAGCAAAAAGAGUUCCUAUGUCUAAGUCCAGAGCCUCCACUCAAGAAACUUUGGGAUCUAAACCCAAAGAGACUGUUGCAGAAGGGAAGAAGAUAAAAGAGAGGGUCAAGAAGACUACUGCCAGGAUCAUUGGAAAGCUCUCUAUGAUGAGAGAUUCUGAAGAGGAAGAGGAUGCUGCUCCAACACCUAAGGCACAAAAGCUAAUGGGAGAUGCAAUUAAGUCAGGGGCUGCUGCUAAGCCCAAACCUGCUCCCAAAGCCGCGGCUCUAGCCACCAAGACUGCACCCAAGAGGAGUACAAGAAAUAUUCCUGCUGAGGAGAAGAACAAGGCCCCAGUGCCUGAAGUUGAAGAAGAAGAAGCUGAAGCCCAAGUGCUGAGGAAGCUCAAACCAAAGAUUCCAGACCACAAUGAUACACAUCCUGUGGCAGAGGACAUGAGGAUCAGGAAGGAUGCAGGUCUGAGACUUUGGAGGAAGAAUGACCCAUAUGCUGUAAGGAGGAGAACUGAUGUGGAUUACAGGUUACACACUAAGGAACAGCAAGAUUUCUAUGAGACUAUUCUGCUUGACAAGAAGCCCAUAGUAUGUGACAUGAGAUGGGUUGACUGGACAUACAUUAGAGAAAAUGAAGAUCACCUCCCAGGUGUCUAUGACAGCUUCAAGGCUUGUGAAGUGGACAAGUUUGUUGGCCAGAAGCUCACUAAGUGGAAUGAUGAGCUGAUCAUGCAAUUUUACUCCACUGCUCACUUCUAUCCUAAUGGCAGAAUUGUAUGGAUGUCAGAAGUGCCAAGAGGCAAACUCUUAGGUUUCUUGGUUUCUGACAGAGGCAUUGAAGCUAACCCGGAGAAGAUCAAGGCCAUCACCUCCCUGGCUAAGCCGGCGUGUAUAAAUGACGUUCAGCGCUUGGUGGGUCGCAUCGCUGCUUUGAGCCGGUUUAUAAGCCGUUUGGGUGAGAAGGCCAUGCCAUUAUAUCAGUUGAUGAAGAAAACUGAUAACUUUGUCUGGAAUGAUGCAGCCAAUACUGCUUUUGAGGAUUUGAAGAAGCAGCUGGCCGAGCCCCCAGUCCUUGCUGCUCCAGUUGACAAGGAGCCUUUACUGCUGUAUGUGGCUGCUAACACACGAGCCGUCAGUGUGGCUGUGGUGGUGGAGCGCAAGGAAGAGGGCAAG